GGGGGCCGGAAACCGAGGUCCCCGGGCCGGUCCUCAUCCCCCCGUCCUGCGCCUCGCAGGCCCGCAGCCAUGGCGGUGGAAGGCGGAAUGAAGUGUGUGAAGUUCCUGCUCUACGUUUUCCUGCUGGCCUUCUGCGCCUGUGCGGUGGGACUGAUCGUCGUGGGUGUAGGGGCCCACCUUAUCCUGAAGCAGACCAUAAGCCAUGAGGCAACUCCGGGCUUCCUGUUGCCUGUGGUCAUCAUCGCAGUGGGUGCCUUUCUCUUCCUGGUGGCCUUCGUGGGCUGUUGUGGGGCCUGUAAGGAGAACUACUGUCUUAUGAUCACGUUUGCCGUCUUUCUGUCUCUCAUCCUGCUGGUGGAGGUGGCUGCAGCCAUUGCUGGCUACGUGUUUAGAGAUACGGUGAAGUCAGAGUUCAAUAAGGACUUCCGGCAGCAGAUGCAGAAAUACGCGGGAAACAACAAAACAGCUGCUGCGAUCCUGGAUGGGCUGCAGCAGGAAUUCAACUGCUGUGGGGCUGCUAACUACACAGACUGGGAGAGCAUCCCUUCCAUGGGCAAGAACCGAGUCCCUGACUCCUGCUGCAUCAAUGUUACUGCGGGCUGUGGGGUGAAUUUCAGAGAGAAGGAGAUCCAUAAGGAGGGCUGUGUGGAUAAGAUCGGGGACUGGCUGAGGAAGAACGUGCUGGUGGUGGCCGCGGCAGCCCUGGGCAUUGCCUUUGUCGAGGUCUUGGGGAUUAUCUUUGCCUGCUGCCUCGUGAAGAGCAUCAGAAGUGGCUAUGAGGUGAUGUAGGGUCUGUUGUCUUCAAGCCCCUCAUCUGAGGGAGUGGAGUCGUAUCCUCCAAAUUUUUCAAUUAAAUGGAUUAUUUUUUCAGACCCAAAAGAGA